AUGAGCUCCGACGAAUCUCCUCCCACCGGUCUUGGCGCCCCCGAGUCUCACGAUGACCUCAAGCCCAUACUUUCACCCAUUCUACCCUCCUCCCCUGCGUCGUCUACCAAGGUCGAUUUCAUCCCACUUGUUACUGUUGUCGGAUUCCAUCAUGCAAGGGGCCCAGAAGUCGAGAAUUGGUUUGGGGCAGACGAUGGGAGCGAUCCUGCAGCUGAUUAUGGCUGGUCUUUGCUGCCUUUCAUGGCCUUGAGUGAUGGGGCGCACGCAUCUGAAGAGGACUUCUCAUACUUUACGCUGCUUCGCCCAGAGACGGAGACUAAACCCGCUACGUCACUAUUUGGAAUCUCGUGCACCCGACAACUUGAUUCAUCCCAGCUCAUCAAUCGCCCUGCCGAUGUUACGCGAUCCACUGUCCAGAAAGCUGUUGUGGUCAUUGCCGAUAGCCCUCAAUUCUUCGGCAUGCUUCGUGAGCGUCUGAGUAUUGUCACGCAGGCUUGGUUUGCGCAGCGUGAGUUUACCGACGUUGAGAUUCUCCGCAGAUUCCAGGAGAGCCUGGCAGAUGAGAAAACCAAAGGCAUUCUCAAUGACCAGGUAGAUCGAGACCAAUAUCUCGGCAUGAGUCUUCGUGAGCUGAUACACGAAUACAAAUGGCAAACUUUGGUUUUGUUGAAGUGUUGCCUCCUCCAACCGAAGGUAACACUGCUGGUUUUCCCCACCGUGACGAAGAUUGCUGACAGGUAUUUCCAGAUGCUCUUCUUUGGGUCGAGAUGUGACAGGUUGUGCAUGAUGCAAUUCUCUCUUUUGUCCUUAAUACCCGGCCUCAUUCGCAACCUGCAGGACAGUGCAGACCCAGAGCUGAAUAGCUACGAGACAAGCCUAUCAAAGCCGACCAGUUUGCGAACUAGUGAUCGCAACUCCCUCCUCUGCUACAUGGGCCUACCACUCCAGAUAUUUGGCAAGGGAAGCUUGUUUGGACCCUAUACCCCCCUGCAACAACUUGAUAUUCUUGCCGACUUUGGCACAAAGUCCUACAUUGUCGGCAGUACAAACUCACUUCUCCUGCAGCAGAAGGAUCGCUAUAGUGAUAUUCUCAUCAAUCUGGACGAGGACUCAGUUGUUAUCAACUCUCCGUCACUUAGAAGCGCUUUGACUCUCACCGCUGCGGACCGGAGGUGGAUAGACUAUUUAACUCAUGAGAUCAACGAGACAUGGGACGAAGCCAACCCUAGCAGGCCGAAGACGCUGAAGUACGUCGGGAGCGAGGAGUUUAUCAGGCUCCAGUUCGAAGAGUACAUUCUCGCUCUGAUCUCCUCCGUCAAAUACCACAACUAUCUUCACAUGAACCCAAACAACCCCAAAGCUAUCCUUCCGGAGGUUGAGGGUGAUCCUGUCGCAGACUUUGGAUAUGAGUGGGUAGAGGCUUGGAAACGCACCGAGAACUACCGCAUGUGGAACGCAAACACUGAUUCCCAUUUGUUCGACAUUGUUGACCCUCGACAUCCUUGUGCAGGAGGCUUGAAUAUUGAAGAUGUACAGCGUCGCAUCGCAGAGCAAGUAAAAGAACUGCAUCUGGACGAGCGUUUUGCGCAGGGCAAAGAAGUCCUCGGUCGGAAUCUUGCCGCGGGCCGUGAAAAGGCAUCUUUUGUUCUUAAUAAACUGUAUGCCGACAUGGAGGCUUUGCGUGAAGCACAACGGCGUCGCGCUGAAGAAGCUCGCGCAGCAUCACCACCGAACGGUUCGAGUCAGCCGGCCGGACAAGACCCUUCAAAGGCCGGACAGCAAGGACAAUCAGCUGGCGCGCGUGCCGGUGCUUACAUCGGGAGUUGGGCAGCUUGGGCUGGUGAGAAGCGCCGAACAAGUGGAUGGGGUGCUGGCUGGGGUCGCAAACCAGCCUCUAAGGCUGACAAGUCAGUGGACGACUCGAGUUCAAGCAGUCCCAUCGACAAAGACUACCAGAUGAUCAGCGCUCCCGUGUCUCGAGGUGGCAGUUCCGAUGAUGCAACUGCACGACCAGGGCGGGGAGCAAGCUUCAGUGAGAGUAUUCUCUCGGGAGUGAGCGAGUCAGGCAGCCGGCCAACCUCGGGGAUCAACAAACCUCUUCCAGGUCCGCCAGUGCCCGGAAAGAAAGACGAUGGCUUCCAGACCGAGGGAGUUAUUGGUUCGAAAGAUAAACCGCCAAGCCCAGGCCCCCCUCACAACGAGAACGGUGUAACGAUUAAAGAAUGA